AUGCCGUCGCAGCAGAGCGCCGACAGCGCGACUUUGACUCCGCCGCCCUCGACACAGGUCCCGCCGUCGCAGCGUGCCAAAACCAGAACUCCAACACCGCCGGUCUCACAUAUCUCAACUCCGCCGCCCACAGGAGAGACAUCAAAUGCAAGCCACACGGGUCGCAUCGGAGGCUUCGCUACGACUAUGAGUUCCGAAGAGCUGGAAGCAGCGACGCCGGAGGAACUGAAGGGGAAGGUGGUGGAGCUGCAAGUCGCACUCCAGGAGGCAAAGAUGUCAGCAGCGCACCACAAGCUACAAUACCAGAUGCUGGCUCAGUCAAGCGCAGCUGCCCUCGAGCGCAUGUCGGUGGAAGCGCGCAUGGCGCAAUCAGAGAACGAGGUGAUUCAUUCCGCCGACCAGGCACGGAUCGCUGCAACGCCCACCGCCGAAGAGGGCAUCAUCCCCAUCCAAAAGGACCUCUACCAAGACAUGUGUCGCCAGAUCCAGCUGCUACGGGACGCCAAUCUCAAUUUGGAAGGCGAGACACAUCAACAGCAGAAAAUCAUUCUUCAACAAGAGCAUGAAAUCGCCAGCUUGUCUGACAAGGUGUCUUUGAUGGCAGAGCGCAUUCGAGCCAACCGAGAGUCUUUGCAAAAGUACCGCAAGCCACAACUGUUGUCGCGCCCAGAUCAAACUCCACGCUCGGUCUAUGCCACUCCACAGAGGGGCCACUUGCACCGCGCUCACCAGCAGUCACAACCAUUUGCCGCGCUGCUGCAAGCUUCGGAGAUGGCGAGCCAAGAGUCUGCACGAGCUGGCAGGAAGUCGCACCACCGCAACGCUCAGAGCAUGUCGAGUUUGCCAAACACUCCUCAGCGUAAUCAAGGCAUGCGCGGUCAGCCUCCAUUUCAGACGCCUCAAGCUCAACGUCAAGCAUUACAUGUUCCGGCGACAGCACCUCAACAGAGGACGAGUGCUCUACGUACACCUGAUAUAUACAGCCAGCCUUCAUUACCAGUGUCGCAAGAUGGUCCACCUUCUGACGGAACUGUCUCUGCUUCUGAAGAUGGGGCGAAUGACAGCGAGGCUGAGACUGAUAUCAUCGAGAACGACGAAGUUCCCGAAUCGCACGCUUCAAUGACUGCUUCGCAAAUGCUGCGGACUAGUCGAGAACAAUUGGACGAGAAGCGUGAGAGCUUCAAAGGGCGAGGAAUGCUAGAUUCAGGCAGCAAUCUGAGGCAGACGAAGCUCUUCGGCGCGAUUCGGAAGUCGAACGUUGAACGAAGUGAGGACGGUCCUCCAGCGAAACGGGCACGAACCUCACCUGGCAUCGGUCUUGGCAUUUCUCACUCGCGCAAUUAG